CGUGACCCACGUGCUACAACGUGGAAGCAAAAAAUACUGAAAAUCAGAGAACUAAAAAUUGUCAUAAUGACAGAAGAUGUAUCCUUGGGUUAUUCUUCUUCUCUACCCACAGAUGAGGCUGGUGUAAGUGAUGUAGACCCUACUGCUGGGAAAGUGUUGGAAUCAUCAUCAGCAGCAGUGUCUCUUUUCACUGAAUGCCGUAUGAUGAAGUACAGGAACAAGUUUUUUGAGCUCAUUGAGGAACUAAGACUAAGAAGAGAUGUUAAUGAUCAAAAUGAGAAGAAACUGUGUGAACUUUUAUUCUUAAAGCACAAGCUGACACAAGAUAUUGAGAAACAAACUCAGCAGUUGAAUGAAGUGUUGGAAUCUCACUCUCACUUGGAGGAGGAGACUGAGAGGAAAUGCAAUGAACAGUUGAAACAGCUUGAGGAGGAGAAAGUUAAACUAAAGUGCCUCUUUGAAGGAAAGGAAAAGGAAUUCCAAGCACUGAAAGAUGAAAUAAGAGCUUUACAUAUGAUCAAGUAUAAUUUAGAAAAGAAGCUCAGUGAGCAAGAGUAUACACUUCAAGUAUUAAAUGUCUCACAAGAGAAUUAUCACAGUCAAUUGAGUCAAAUGGAACAGCAGUGUGUUGAUAUGGAGGCAAAAGUAAACGAAGUCACUAAACUACUGGAGACAUUAGAAUCAAAUGUGAGGGAGGCAGUAGAGUUAAAUGGCAGACUAGCAACUGCUAAUGACCAUCAGCAAUGUGUUGUUGACUCAUAUAAGGAAGAAUUGGAUACUUACCAGAAAGACUGCAUCAAACUUAAAGUAAGCAUAAUAAAGUAA